AGGCCCUCCAUGCCGGCGAGGUCGACCGAGAACCUGGCCACCUUCCUGACGUCGAUGAAAUACUGGGCGACCCAGAUCAGGAACGCCGCCGCCGCCGCCGCCGCCAGGAGGUCCCGCGCGGUCCUGCAGAGUCUCCGCACGCGUGGCCACCAUGGGCGGUGGUCCAUGCCGUCGUCCAUCAUCGCCUUCCAAAGGACGUCGGACUCAUCUGCUAUCGCCGCCAUGCUUGCUGCAUCCACGGAUCGGACGUUCCUUGGUUUAGUUUCUAUCUAUCUAACGAAGAACGGAGAGAAUCCCUUUUGUUUUUAUAUUGGCGAUUAAGAGUCCUGGACCUGGAGUAACAAUAACGUACGGAAUCCCAGCUCAAAACAAGAAGCUCAAAACGGAUUCGAUAUGGCAUCCAUGCAUCUCGGCGGAUAAAUAAAUACACCAAUCUAGGCAAAUUUCUACAGACUUCGACGGCGAUCCGGCGAGUGCAUACGAAUCAGCGAUGGCUUGGAAGGAGGAGGAGCAGCCGCCGGCCCAUCCCGGUCCCUUGACUUGGAAGGAGACGAUGAAACUCCUGCUCCUGUUGCUCUCGAACCUGCUCGUCCUCGCCCUCUUCGUCGACUCCGCCGUGCGAACAGCCGCGACCUACAACCUCAACCAACCGGCCAGGCAUUCCGUGGAGCUGGUCGGAGCCAGGGGCAUCGGCCCGGCGCUUGCUCCGGGAGCGGAGGCGCUGGCCUUCAAGCUCCUCGUGCACGUCGAUAACGGCCGCAUCUUCGGCUUGCGGCACGGCGGCGGCGGCGGCGACGUCGUGGUCUCCUACGCGGGCGUCCCCCUCGCGCGCGGGCGCCCGCCCGCCUUCCGCGUCGAGACGAAGAAGGCGGCGACGGUGGCGGUGGACGCGACGAGCGCCGGGGUGGGGAUACCCGAGGAUCUGCUUCAGCUCAUGUCAGAGGAGCGCCGCCGAUCUUCUGGGGUGGCGCAGCUGCAGAUUGAUUUGUGGCUUGAUUACGGUCUGUUCACCUGCCGCGUCGACCUGGGCGGGGAGCAGCAGCGCGCCUCUAAAUGCCAAGAGCAGAACUAUAUUCACAGUAGCUAG